AUGGAGGUUGAGAAUGGUAGAAAUGGUCAGGAUGAUUUGCGACUGGUCAAUAGGCUGAAUGAAAGUAGGAGUCCGUACGUCCGAGGACACAGGACCAACCCAGUAGCAUGGCAGAUGUGGGGCCCUGAAGCUUUGAGCUUGGCUAAGAAGCACAAUCGCCUACUUUUCGUGAGCAUUGGAUAUGCUGCAUGCCAUUGGUGCCACGUCAUGGAACGCGAAUCUUUUUGCUCUCCAGACGUCGCUCAACUUCUCAAUACCCACUUCAUCCCCAUCAAGAUCGACCGUGAAGAACGACCAGAUGUCGAUGCUAUCUACAUGAAUUACGUUCAAGCUACAACCGGGUCUGGAGGAUGGCCACUCAAUGUUUUUAUUACACCGGAUCUCGAGCCAGUUUUUGGUGGAACAUAUUGGCCUGGUUCAAACAGUUCAAUGACAGCAGUCGGCACAGCUGUUGCCGGGACUGUAGGCUUCGUGGAUAUACUGGAAAAAAUGAGAGAUGUCUGGACUCAGCAAGAGGGCCGAUGCCGAGAAAGCGCCAAGGACAUCACGAGGCAACUGAGAGAAUUUGCAGAAGAAGGCGUGCAUAGUCAUCAGAUGGGAGAGAAAGGCGGAGGUGAAGGACUAGAGGUUGAAUUACUGGAAGAGGCGUUUCAGCACUUUAGGAAGAAGUACGACAAAAUCAAUGGAGGUUUCUCGACUGCGCCAAAAUUCCCAACGCCGGUGAAUCUCAGCUUUCUACUGAGGCUCGGACAGUGGCCGCAGACAGUAAAGGAUGUUGUGGGCGAAACAGAGUGCCAAAAUGCCUCGAGUAUGGCUGUACACACCCUUCGAAACAUGGCACGUGGAGGGAUCAGAGAUCAAAUUGGCUACGGUUUUGCGAGGUAUUCCGUGACCAAAGACUGGUCGCUUCCACAUUUUGAGAAAAUGCUGUACGAUCAAGCGCAACUUUUAGAUGUCUAUCUCGACGCGUUCCUGAGCACUCGAGAUCCUGAGAUGCUCGGCGCUGUGUACGAUAUUGCAACCUACCUCACAAGCCCACCAAUGGGUGCUCCGACUGGGGGCUUUUUCUCAGCAGAAGACGCCGAUUCUUACCCAACAAAAAGCGACACUGAUAAACGAGAAGGGGCUUAUUACGUCUGGUCUCUCAAAGAGUUCCAUGACGUUCUGGGUGAGAAGGAUGGGGACAUCUGUGCUCGAUUUUACGGUGUCACGGCUGAUGGCAACGUCGCAUCUCGGAACGAUCCCCACGAUGAAUUUAUAAGUCAAAACGUCUUGAAUGUUACCACCACUCCCAGUGCAUUGGCCAAGAAAUUGGGGAUUCCCGAGGCCUCGAUCACCCAAACCCUCAAAUCAGGGCGGCAGAAGCUCCGCGAACACAGGGAGAAUCAUCGGCCACGCCCCGCCCUCGACGACAAGAUCAUCGUCUGCUGGAAUGGUCUCGCAAUCGGUGCGUUAUCUCGCACCUCUGCCGCUUUACGGUCCAUCGACCCUACCAAAGCCUCAGAAUGCCUGGAAGCCGCCAUCUCUGCUGUCGUCUUCAUCAGAAAAGAGCUCUUUGACCCUGACACUAAGACCCUGUACCGGGUCUACCGGGAAGGCCGAGGCUCUACACCGGGUUUGUGUGAUGACUAUGCUUUCUUCAUUCACGGUCUCAUUGAUCUAUAUGAAACCACAUUUGACGACUCAUAUUUACAGUUUGCAGAUGUACUGCAGAAACGACAAAACGAGUUAUUCACCUCUUCGGAUUCUCCAGGCUUCUACUCCACACCAUCUCCGCAUCCACCAGAUCUCCUCAUGAGAUUGAAAAGCGGCAUGGAUGCCGCUGAGCCAUCAUCCAACAAUAUCAGUGCCCGGAAUCUCUACCGCUUGAGCAGCAUGCUUGACGACGCCUCCUAUUUCAAGAAGGCGAAAGAGACGGUCGAAGCGUUUGAGGCCGAGGUCGAGCAAUUUCCAUUCACCUUUUCAGGCAUGUUGGGGAGCAUCGUCAUGGGUCACUCAGGCUUGAAGGGCGUUGUACUUACAGGAGAAAAUGACGAGAUGCUGAAGCGAUUGAGGCAGACCGUAAGGCCCAACAGUACUGUGGUUGCGCUUGGAAAGAGUAAGGGCGCGUGGUUGAGGGAGCGUAAUGAGCUUCUCAAGCAGAUGGAUGCAGAGAAAGAUGGUGUCAUGGUCUGCGAGGGUGGUGCUUGCAGGGAAGGGAUCGAAUUUGUGUGA